GUCAGCGGGAAAAUUUUAAUGCCGAAAAUUUCCAGAUUUGAUCGAACGGGAAGAAAAUUAUGGGGAGUUCCUAGGGACCCUAUAUUGGAUUUUAUCGUUAGAAAACUGUGACAAGUGCAAACAAAGAAUAAUUGGGAAGGAAAGAGGAUGCUGUGCUAUGACGCAGAGGAGGAUGACGAUCAGCGGCAGGACACCGUCAGGAUACGGAGGUGUACAGAUAUACUCUGGCUGUCUCUGUUUAUCGUAUUCUGGUUUCUCAUGAUUAUGAUAGCGGCUUUUGCACUCGUUUAUGGGAAUCCACUGAGGCUCAUCAAUGGGUAUGAUAGCUUCGGAAACACCUGUGGGACAAAGAAUAAUCCCAAGUUUGGGGAUAUGGAGUUGUCCGGACAAGACACCAGUGACAAACCGUAUCUAUUCUUCCUGGACGUGAGAGACAUAAAACAAUCACUGAAGAUCUGCGUGCGAAAAUGUCCAGACCGUAAGAUGAAUUACAUGAGUGAUGUGUGUCAAUUCUACAAAUCCACCGGCUCUCAGCUCUGUCACGAUCGUCCGGAGGUGGGUUUCACCGCCUGUUCCGAUACUGGUACUCAGAACAAGACGGGGUACUGUCCAAGAUUGCCCGUCCACGACAGCACACCAAUCCUGAACCGUUGUGUACCGAGGGCAGUUAAAGAUAUUCCAAAAAAUCUUGUGUACAAUCUCUACAGUCUACUCAACUCGUGGGACAUAUUCGAACAGAUCCUGGGUGAUCUGUACAAGACAUGGAGGGAAAUACUGGCUCUUUCCUUCUUAGCAUUUGUGCUGUCUCUGUUCAUGAUUGCCAUCUUCCAUCUACUGGCUAGCAUUGUCACCUGGAUUGUGAUGAUUCUCGUCAGUGUUUCCUGUAUUGCGGGAACUGUUCUGCUCUGGUGGACAUACACAGGAAUAAAGUAUACCCUGGACGAAACCGAUCCUGACCAACUGCUGGAGGAAUCUGUGAGGAACGAAAGGGCAUUUCUCGUUUUUGCAAUCAUCGCCACAGUAAUAACUGUCAUCCUCCUGUUCAUCGUGAUCUUUCUGCGGAAAAGGAUAGCAUUCAUGACUGAAUUAUUCCGAGAAAGUGCAAAGUGCAUGGCUGAGCUGCCCGGAUUAUUCUUACAGCCGCUCCUGACAUUUAUCGUUCUUCUUAUAUUCUACGCAUUUUGGAUUACAAUUGUCCUCAAUCUUGCGACAGCCAACUAUCCUGGAGAGAGAUCUGUUCAGAUGUUGAAUUCGUCGGGAAAUAUUCAACUGUUGAAUCCCACAAUUGACAAGGAGGCAUUGAUGAAUCAGGAAAGACUGGAUUUACCGAUUACUCGAUUCAAAAAACUUACUCUCGUGGAAUAUGUCGAUGCAACGUGGGUGAAGUAUAUGUGGUGGGUGUACAUAAUCGGCUUUAUUUGGAUAUCAGAAUUUAUAACCGCUUGUCAGGAGCUGGUGAUCGCGGGUGCUGUUGCUCAGUGGUAUUUCAGAGGUAAAGGGGCGAAUACCUCCCCAGUCUGUUCGUCCAUCGGCAAACUAGUGAGUUACCAUCUGGGUUCAGUUGCCUGCGGCUCUCUUCUCAUCACGAUCUUCAAGCUCCCCCGGCUGAUUCUCACCUAUAUCCACAAGAAACUCGAGCUCUCCAAGGACACCUCCCCCUGCGCCCAAUGUGGCCUCAAGUCCUGCAUCUGCUGCUUCUACUGCCUGGAAAACUUCAUCCGCUUCCUGAACCACAACGCCUACACAGUCAUCGCCAUCGAGGGCACAAAUUUUUGCAAAUCGACGAAAAUCGCCUUCUCCACACUGUCCAGCAAUGCUCUGCAGCUAGCUGUUGUCAACGGCAUCGGCGACUUCAUUCUCUUUCUCGGGAAAUGUUUCGUGACAGCCACCACUGGAAGUAUUGCUCUGCUCUUUAUGCGACAAGAUCCAAAACUCCAUUUCUACGCUGUUCCCAUUUUUGUGGUCUGUUUGUUUUCCUUUUUUAUCGCUCACUGCGUCAUUUCUCUGUUCGAGAUGGUCAUUGACACAUUGUUUUUGUGCGUUUGCGAGGAUCAGAACUUGAAUGGGGAGAAUGGAAGGUGGAGACAGUCAACGUUCGCUCAAAUUGGAGCUAAAAAUAUGAGUACAAAUGGACAGCAUGAGCUGGCUCCCAUGAAUCGGUAGAAUUUUUUGAGACAAUAAUUACUUUUGCCAAAAAAUUAUUUCCUUUGGGGGAGAAUUUUUUGUAAGAGCAUAUUUCUCUAGGAGAGGAAUUCCCAGAUUGUCAAGUCAAUUGAAUUAACUUAGUACACGUGUGUUAUUCGUAACGAAUGACUCAAAACUCUGUCAUAACAAGGAAUUUGUGAUACAAUUUUUUUAUCAAGCAUUUGUAACGUUAAAGAGUAAAUUUAUUCAAGGACUUAUGUAGCGUUAUGUAGCGUAAUCAUUCCAUAAUUCAACAUAAUUAUAAUAUUUUCGGCGGAUGUGAAGAACCUGGGAAUAACUGGCUUAGAGAAUUGGCAUAAAUAAUUUUUUUGCUGAGUGCGGUGAAAAUUCAAUUUCGUUCUGAUCCAUUCCAUUGAAAAAUUUCUCAUUCUUCAUAUAAAAUAGUCGGGUUUUAUAUUGAUAUUUUCUAAUAGGGCUGUUUCUACAAGAAUUUUCCACUACAGAUUUUUUUCUGUACAAUAUUUUUCAUUGACUGAUUCUAUUGAAAAAAACACGCAAAGUGCGGAUUUUUAAUCAGGGUGAAUAAUGAAUGGAAAAUUUCUUCAUUUUUGAAUCGACUUAACAGUAAAACUAGUAGGAAAUUCAAUAAAAAAUCCACUAGAAUUUUCAACAAGAUUCAUAUGUGUCAUCUGUCAAUUGAUGUGAGAUCAUGAAUGUCCGGGAGAGAAUGAUAAUUUUAUGUAUAAUAAUAGUUAGAUUAUUUCUAAUUGUAGUACCAGAUCCGAAGUAUUUUUUCGAAGCAGUUAUUAAAUGCCUAUUUUUAUAGAAAAUUCUAUUCAUUAAUUUUAUCUAUUGCACAAAUUAUGCUCUUGAUGGUUCCUCGCGUGCAAUACUACGUGUAUUUCCACACUUAUCUGAAAGUGAGAUAGUAUUACUUGAGGGCAAUUCUGCGAAAAUUUUCCCAUGAAAAUUAUGUGGUGUUUCAUGCCCUGGGGGAAAUAUCUUACUACUUCGUGCAAUCGACUCUUGAAACACUGGUGAUAAAAUUUUUUAUAUGUAUUUUUACACAGAAAUAUUGUAUUUUUAAGCACACGCGUGAAUAAAAUCGUUAGGAGUCCUUUAGGGAUUCUCUCAAAAGCAGAUUAAAUUCUCUGAAUAUUAAGAAAAAGCUGCUGGAUUUAAAUUUUUCAAAGGAUCAAAUUUCCAGACCAUAUUGAUAUAGAAAAUGUAAAUCUAUUCAAAUGUUCCCCUCGAUUCUUCUUGUAGAAUGAGGGCAAAGGCCAACCGAAUUUCCACGAAGAUUCCUUGGACUUUUAAUGAUAUUGCAUAACAUUUUUAGAGAUAUCCAGGAAAAUUAUCUAACCAAUUCAUUGAGCUUUUCUAUGGCAUUUUUCAUACGUGUAUUACCUUUUUGUAUUGAUGUACCGGAAGAGAGUGAGAGGAAAUUGUGUGUACUUGUGGUUUUAAUUACGAAACAUUCCUACAACAACGAAUUUUGUUCUAACGUGAUAGAAUUAUUUUUAACAAUUAGUUUUUUUAUUCCUGAAUGAUGUACGAAAUAGUAUUUACGAGUCUUUUAAUAAAAUCAUGGUGAAAAGUCAA